CAGUCUUACAAGUUCAGUGGUGGAGUGUGGAUGUGCGCGCGCGUCGGGAGCUUAUCACAACUGGACUGUUACGAGAGAAGAGUGAGAGGAUAUCACCACCACCACCACCACCACCAUCACCACCGCCACCACCACCAACAGCGUCUGGCGGUCAGCUGUCUAAGCGUAACGUGAUAGGGCGAAGAAGGGAAGAAGGAAGAAGAGGGAAGAAGGAGGAGGAGGAAGAAGAAGAAGAAGGAGGAGGAGAGAGAAGGAUUGCCCUUACUCCUGAAUCCUACAACGCCUCACACCGGAGAAUAAAGGAGGAAGGAAGAAGGAAGAAAGAGUAAGAGGAAGGAAGGAAGGAAGGAAGGAGGAGAAAAAGGAAAGCUCUUACUCCUCUACGAAGAAAGAAAGAGGAGGGAAGGAAGAAGAAAGAAGGAGGAGAAAGAAGAAAAACCCUUACUCCUAUAAUCCCACAAGGAGGAGGAAGGAAGGAAGGAAAAAAAGAAAAAGGAAGAAGAAAACGAAGAAGGAUUUGCAUUUCUAAACCUCAAGACGCAAAACGCAACCCCAGCUUCCACCUCACCUCACCCCCCUAGCCCCCCCCCACCCAGGCCCCCGUGUGCAAGGUGCGGGAGAGCAGGUGAGAAAAGGCCGGGCAGGUGAGGGCGGGGUCAUGCGUGUGAGGCUGGCCGAGUGAAGACCAGCUGACGCCCAAGACCGAGACCGGGCAACCAGGACGCGAGGAGAAACAGAAGAGGCAGCAGGAGGAAGCAGAAGAAGAAGCAGCAGGAGGAGGAGAAAAAGAAAGAUCACGCAGCACGCAGAAGGAGGCGGCGCCGAGGACCCAGCAGGCCGGUAAACAGAAGAUCGCCACCGUGGCAGGAGAGGGCAAGAUGGGGGAGGAGAACGAAAAGAAGCACCAGCGGCCCCUCAAGGUGACGGUGGUCGGGGACGGCACGGUUGGCAAGACGUGCCUCCUCAUCUCCUACACCAGCGGGGAGUUCCCUGAGGAAUACGUGCCCACCGUGUUCGAUAACUAUGCCGGCAAGCACGAGGUGGACGGGCUCUCCUACUCCCUCAUGCUCUGGGACACGGCCGGACAGGAGGAGUACGAGAGGCUCAGGCCCUUGUCCUACCCCGGGACUCACGUGUUCAUCGUCUGCUUCGCCCUCGACAACCGCGCCAGCUUCGAGAACGUCUCCUCCAAGUGGCUUCCGGAGCUCCACCAACACUGCCCCAAGGCUCCCAUCGUGCUCGUUGGCACCAAAAUGGACGUGAGGAACCUGGACGUGCUGAGUCCCCGCGACGGCAAGAAGCUGGUCAAGCGUCACCGCCUGUCCAAGUACGUGGAGUGCUCGGCCAAGAAUCAGGAUGGCCUACAAGAGGUCUUCUCCUCCGCCGUGAGUGCCGCCGUUGGCCUGGCCCCACGAUCCCGCCCCUGUGUUAUUAUGUAGCGGGAGCUUUACCUAGACCUCUCCUCCCUUAGAGCUCUCGUUACUAUAAUUUUACGGGACUUAUUUGUGUAGUUUUGCCGGGGAGUGAGGGAGGAGGUAUGUGAGGCAUGGCUGUGUAAAGGAAAGGGUGGUGAAUGUGGUCGUGUGUUAUGUAGCGAGAGCUUUACCUAUACCUCUCUUCCCUUAGAGCUCUCGUUACUAUCAUUUUAAGGGACUUAUUUGUGUAGUUUUGCAGAGGAGUGAGGGAGGAGGAGGUGUGAGGAAUGGCUGUGUAGUGAAUGCAAAGGGUGUUAAAUGUGAUGUUACCCUACUAGCAUUCUCUCAUCCCUUUGUUCAUGCCAAGUUCUCGUUACUAUAUCAUUUUACGGGACUUUUUUGUGUAAUUUUGCCGGGGGGUGUGGGAGGAGGUGUGAGGCAUGGCUGUGUACUAAUGAAUGCAAAGGGUGGUGGGUGUGAUGCUGUUUUAGCCUAGCAUUCUAUCAUCCCUUCGUUCAUGUCAAGUUCUCGGUCGUUAUGUAAUCUUAUAAGGGUUUGUUUUGUGUACAUUUACUGGACAGAGAUGCCAGAAUGAGUUACAGGGUGAGAUAAUUAUAUACGUUUGAGGCCCGGCUUCGUUAGUUAGCCUAGUCAGCAAUUCUCCCUGUGUUCAUAUUAGGCUAUGGGUCUUAUUUCAUGUUGAGGGGGCUUGUUUGUAUGAAUUUUCAGAAUAAAUGGGCCAGAGAGAGGAAGGGAAGCAAUGAGAGGUUCGGUUAUGUGAUGGUAAAUGUUUAUAACAGGCGUGGUCUAGUUACAUAACAUGGCCAAGCAGAUUGAAAAAACAGCCACUAGCCCUAUGAUAACUCACUUCAUAUUUACUCCGCGGGGUUUGUCCUCAUAUAUUCAUGGCAUUAACUAAAGUGUAAAGUAAUGGGAGGGAAGGAAAGUGGCUUGAGGAGCGGCUGUUAAGCUUAAAACGUGGUAGGCUUCAGUAGUUAAAUAGCCUAGCCGUGUACGCGAAGAAUAGAUUGCAGUCCAUAUCUAACUCAUGUAUAUCUCAACUCCGCGGGGUUUCUUCUCAUAUAUUCAUUGUAUAAGAGUGCUAGAUAGUGCGAGGGAAGUAAUAUGGCUGUGGGGUGUUGGGUAAAAUGUACCAGCAAAACUGUCGUAGAGGAUUUGGGUAAAGAGGGCAAGAGAGGUUGUAAGAGCCGCGAGAAAGGCAAGUGUUUUGUGCUGUCAUGCCUUUUCACCCUCACUGCUUCCAUCCCGAUCAAACCCUCCAACAAGCGCCUUCUUCACUGUAGCCAGUAGGGAAUUCAGUUGUGCGGAGGUCAGCGUUGAGAAAGAGAUAAUUAAAGUAAGGAAAAAAUAUAUCUGAUAUGUCGCAAGGUUGACGAAGCAGUCUGUUCGUUAUUUUCGUGUUUUAGCAAUACAGGCUCCCCUUUUGUACACUUUGUAACACACACACACACACACACACACACACACACACGCGCGCGUGGGGAUGGGAGGCGUGGAAACAUUCUUCAGUAACAAAGUAAUCUGCAAAUAUCUGAAAUGACACUCACAGAAAACACCACUAACACAAAGAUAAAUUACAUCCUAACCAAAGUUACGAUCCAAAUUCCAUAAUCCCAUAUCAACACACUUUUGGGGAGGAGAGGCAUUAAACCAAAGUUCGGCGCCGUCAGCCAUCAUACGCACGGCUGUCAUGUGUAUUAAAUGGCAUAAAAGUGAUAAAACAUCCCAUAUCUCGCUUCCUGCUUUAAGAUAAAUUCUCCUAUUGCAAUACAUUUCUUCUACAAACCUUGAAACCUCUUGCUAAACCACAGGAGUGUGUAGAUCUCAAAACAAGUGUGGAAAGAGCCAUGAAAGUUGUGUGCAAGCCCGCGCGGCCGCGGGCGGCGAGGUAGUCCAAUGCAACGAGAUGUGAAAACAGGGGAGGCGAGGGGGGCAGAGCCCACCUCCGUCAGGAGGUUCAUGUAUAUUCACCUGUCUUUUAGUGCCCCCAAGGUGAGGCGAAGGGUGCGAAGCCCCCUUGCAGGUAAGAGGCUGUUAGAAUUUAGCUGUGGUGAGCCGCGGGUUACGGCUGCCAAGGGACGCGGCGGGCUACUCCGCCGGCCGCUGCCGUGCGGGUUCCCCACACCAGAAUUCAUGGCAAUUUUCACACUGAUCUCUACACUUUUUUCCUUUGAUUUUCCGCGAGAUUUGAAGGUUGUUGAAAUACUUAUAUGACAACACAAGAGUACUUGGUCAAAUAGAAAACGAUACCGGCGCGUUAAAACUUUAUCCAUAAUGCUAAUGACGUCCCGAGCAGUGAGCUGCUCCUCCAUGCAGUCCACACUCCCCCACCGGGCAGGUGACCCAGCACUCAUCGUGUACUCACCUGGCAGCCACUCGGCAUUCUGGCAGCCUCUUGAGAUGACAGGUGACAGGCGGGGGCGGGGCAGGUUGGUCACUUCUUGGGUCACUACACACUGCACAACACAAAAGGGGCGCCACAGCACCGUCUGGGCGUGCCGCGUGUGUGUUCUUUUAUCAGCGAUUUGCACAGUGUUCCAGUCCUAAGACACACCCGCAACACAACACACACAGCACAACACCGAGCACAGCACACACGCUGAAGCCACAACAUUGUCCUUGGCGCGCCGCUGCUGCUGAUGUCGAUGAUGUUUUCGGCGUCCAGCACGGCGUCUGUUCUCUCAAAAGUUGUUUUUACCAUUAUUAUAAUUCUAUCUAAUCACUACUUUAGAAUAUAUGAUUUCUAUCUUCCUCCAUCAUCUGUACGGCGCCUAUUCACUUCACAACACUUAUCUUUACCAUCAUAUUAUAAUUUUAUUUAAUUAAUACUUGACUUUUUUUAUAUAUGUAACUUUUCUUAUUCCUGUACUGGAGGAUGAUAAUGUUUCCAGGAGCCGCCCCUAAACUCUCCCAUUAAUACCAACAUGUUAUUACUAUCAGAACACAUACACAUUUUUUCUUAUUUGGAAACAAACUAAAUGGCUUGAUUCAUUACUUUUUCAAUGGGUAUUGAUGCAUAUAUAGACUUCUUUGGUGUCAGUGCGACCCUUCUACAGUGUAUUACAAUAUAUAUAUAUAUAUAUAUAUAUAUAUAUAUAUAUAUAUAUAUAUAUAUAUAUAUAUAUAUAUAUAUAUAUAUAUAUAUAACAAGAAGGUGAUGAUUUUAAUAUAAGUUAUUAAACAUGUAAACUUGUGUAGUUGUACAACUUGCUUCAAUUCUAUUUUCCUUGAAAUGCUCAAGUAAGUGUAUUGCCAUCAGCUGGAAAUACUGAUAAAUAUAUUUGGAGCUAAUGAAGCACAGAACACAUGCAAACAACCUUCCUCUAUUGUGAUGACAUUCAGCCAAAUCAAUAUAUAUAUGAAGCUGUAGUUUAAGUCUAUAAGUACUACUGUUACUGGGUGAAUCAAUUAUAUAAUGUCGAUGUAUUAUUAUUAUUGUUAUUACAGGGAGCUAAUAGUGUGUUAGCUGCAUAUAUUUGGUGUUCCCUUGAGCCAUGCACCCCUUUCAUAUGUCCUGAGAGCUGUACAUUUUGUUGGGUCCGUGUGGAGGUGCGACUCACUUCUGCAACACAUAUUGGGUCGGAAUUAUAAGAUCCUCUCGCUUCUCACAUCAGCUGUUUCUAAAGGUCAAAGAGGGGAACAGUCAGGUUCUAAUGUGUGUUUCUUUAGGUUCAUGGUACAGAAGAAGGGCCAAAUUACUACCAGGGUCAUAAAACUACUCCUGGAAAUGCCCAAAACUCCUACGAAAGCCUCGUCAAAUAUGUGUUCUUGGGCGACGAAAUGUUUGGUAUUAAUACGGCCCAUAAGGAAAAUCUCUGACAGGAGUUGAUAAGUUAUAAUGAUGGCAAUUAUCAUCAGUCUUAAUGUCAUAAUAAUUGAUCAGCCAUAUAUAGUUAUUUUCUGAAACUGACAUCCAUCACCAACAAGACAGCUCAGAAACUUGGCAGUAUUCACUCUAAAAAAACUCAUUAAACAGAAUACUAAUCUUCUUCCUAAAAUCAUUCAGCUUUCUUUGUCUUGAUAACUUUUUCCUACUGUUUAUGACCAGCCUUUUCCUUAUUAUUUUUUCCUUUGCCUUGUUUGAUCUUGCCCUUUUGCCCUUUUUUCCUUCAAAUCUCUCACACAGUACACUCAUACAGAUCUUCAUUGGCCUUCCUCUUUUUUUCCUCCUGCCCUCUACCUCCAUACUUAGCAAUCUCCUACCCACAUGCUCCUUCUCCUCCUCCUCCUCAUUCACCUUACUUUCUCUUUCCACACUCUCCUCCUUUCUCCUCUCUUCAUUCACGAAACUAUCAGCAUAUUAAUGACAAGGACAAGAGGUGCCCCCAUGUAGUACUUUCAGAAAAGGGAAUAUACUCAAUUAAAGCACAAAAUUUUAACCAAUAUGAAUUUAAGAUGUUAUCAAUCAUGUUUCAUUUGUUAACUGGCUGAUGCGACACUGCUUAUAAAAGUGUCAUUUUGUAAGAGUGAUCUCAUUAUGACCUUCAAACAUGUAAUAGUGUGGUCUUGUAUCAUGAACCUAAGCUAGAGUUCUUACAUAGUGGUUACAUUUUCAUCUUAUUGUUUCCUGGUAAAUAUAUUGUUUGGAAUGAGAGUGAGUGGUCCUUCCUCAGGGGACUGUAUGUGUGGUUAUGUCAAACAGUAGCACAGGAGCUGAUGACGGGGCACACAGGAGAGGAAUUUAUGUACAUCCAUCAUCCUUAGUGUUCUAAAGAUACAUGUUCCUAGAGACACGUGGAGGCUUGAUUUCAUUAGUCGUGUUCAAGUGAUACGGACUGACUUGGCAAGCAUGGUCAAGUGGAUAUGUGUUGAGUGGUGCAGUGGUGUGGAGUUUUGCAGGGGAUAUGUGUUGAAUGUUGAGUGUUGCAGUGACAAGGAGGAUUGGACAGCCACGCAAGGGUCAGCACACACUCGGGAAUCACUGGAGUGUUGCGUGUUUUCCUCCUCCACCUACUGUCAAGUGUUAUGAACCCUGAAAAGCUGUGUGACGUGUAACAGUGAAGGUGACAAGCGGACAUUCGGACUUUUUGGGUUAGUCACUUCAUCUGGUGCGGUUGAGUUCCCAGCACAGUGACUUCUAUGAGUGAAGGAAUGGCUGGAAUGGUUACUUGUGUGGGCUGACCAGUGGAAGAAUGCUGAGUGUGGUUUCUCAUAGUUUCAGUGCAUAUUGAAAGUGCCUUAAUACAACACCAUGUCGAUAUACUGUAUAUAUAGCAAGAUUUAUAUAUAAAAAGUCAAUAGUGCCAUGCAUUGAAAUUAAUUCUACAUAAUGUGAGGUGACAUGUUUGGUGUGCAAAGGUGGUUACUGGAGAUGAUGAAUGAAAUGAAUCACUUGCUAACUGUUUUGACAAUAUAAACUUGAGCUCCUUUGUUUGAUAUGUGCAUAAUCAUUAAGCUGAACCUGAGACAUGAACGCCUGAUGCAACUCUCUAUAACAACUGUGCGGGAGGCUGCAGGAGGCUUGUAUGGCAGGCCGAUGUUAGUACCUGUGUGUUAGCUGUGUGUAGAGAGGGAGUGAUGUGUACCAGCUAGAUGAAUAAAGAAUGGUUGCAAUACAGCUAAUACAA